UCAUAAAAAAGUGUAGACUGAAAACUAGCCUUGUUGUUUUCCAAUAUGAAAAUAAUUGUAAUUUCGCUUUUGCUGCUUGCCUUUGGGUCAUGCACACAUUUUCCGACAACGCCGCCCGUUCUGAUCUUGGGCGUCAGUUUACCGGAUGCUCGCAACAUCUUCCAGGCACUCGAGUCGGACUACUUUACGGGUUUGCUGCGCCCCCUGCUGCAGGAGCACAUGCUGGUCGUCUACUUUGAGUCUGCGUUGACCCCGAAGGAUCUGAGCUGCGUGGGCUGCUUUCCGUAUCUGCGAGGCGUGCAGCCGCGCACCUAUUACAGCCAGGUGCACGAUCCGUUCGCGAGCGUGGAAAUGCUUUUCACGGAACGCGGCGAGGAAAUGAUCUGGAACAGACGAAGGGCCAUGCUGACGCUGCCCUGCCAAAGGAAUAGCAUCCAGCUCUACAAUUUCAAAAAUUCAAAUCUGACCGCACACGAUAAAUUUAUGAAGGCCGUGGCCCUUAACCUGGAGGACUGUCCGGUCAUCCAUCUGUAUACGGCACACGCGGAGCAGAUGAAGGCGCUGCAGCGUCGUCUUCAGCGCGUGAACGACAUCAUGAAGUGGAUGAAGCCGACGGCGACAACGACAACGACAACAGAAAAGCCAAAAUUUCGGGGUCAAACCUCCCAGGAGCAUGUGCUCCGCAACGGUUCGAAGCAGAGCCCGUCAAUUGUUGUGCUGCGACAUCCGAGGGGCAUCGUUGCGCUGGACAAGAUCGUGUUCGCCGAGGAGAUACCGAAGGGUCUGAAUGUCUACUACAAGCGCUUUCACAUCUAUCCGAGCGGCCAGUCCUCGCUGAGCCUGAAGCUAAAGGAUAAUACGAACAUAAAGAAGGGCGUCAACUUCUUUAUUGACACCUCGCUGGGACCCCUGAAGAUAAAGCUGGCGCCCGUUGUCGGUUGUUGGCGCAUUCCAAAAUUAAUAUUCCAAAACACAACAUUCAUACCCAGGGAUUUGCUCUUCUAUGGCAAAAGGUUUAGCUUCUGCUGCUACGCGUUGACCGCCUACUCGGACGAUGGAGCGCGCCUCACCCUCUACUCGUUCAGCAUGGACGUCGUCCUUGCGGAUAACAUUUCGGCAAUGGAUCCCGACUACAUGCCCAAGGCCUGUUGGCUCUGUGAGGAAUAUCUGACGCCAGCGCUUACGCAAGCCAUAUUCACGGUGUGCAUACUGUUGUUCCUGCUCGGUCUGGGUCUAACCAUGUUCCUGGAGAUGGGUCGCAACAUGCGCAUGCCGAACAUUCGUGAGCCGGAGCCGCCUUUGAAGGUGCCCGUCGAACGCUAAACAAAAAAGAAUGGGAACGCAACUCGAAAGGCGAACCUCGCUCGAACCGUUGCAUAUGCUACAAUUCCAGAUACUAUAUUCUAAGCUAAUUCACUUGUCCACAAAUCUAAACACAAUGAGAGAGGGAAUGGGAGAGGGCGAUGGGAUUGCAAUUGGGGCCUGGCGGGGGCGCAUAUUAAUAGUAUAAAAUAGUGUCAUUGUCGCGUUUGUUGUUGUUGUUUCUUAUUGUAUUGUUAUUGU